UCGGGUUUUAUAUUUAUAAGCUAAGAUGAGGAAGGCCGGAAAAUGGGUAGUGAAUUUUCUUGUCGGGAAAAAGGAAAAGAUUCAAAAGAAGAACAAGAAGAAAAUCGUCGGUUCUUCUAGUUCUUCCUUUUCCGACUCUGAAAAUUUGAAGCUCAGAUUGAGUUUUAGAAAGACAUCUUCAACUAAUAAUCGUCUUCUUUUAGCUCAUAAGCUUUCUAAAUCAAUUGAUUCCAUUGAUACCAUUGAAGCUUUGAAGCCGGGAGCCAAGAAGAAGAAGCCACCGUCAAGCGUUCAAAAUGCAGCUGCUACGACGAUCCAAUCCGCAUAUCGGUCCUAUUUGGCAAGGAAAGCAUUGCAUGCUUUAAGGGCACUGGUUAAGAUACAAGCCCUUGUGAGAGGUCAUCUUGUGAGGAAACAAACAGCUGCUACCUUAAAGAGCCUGCAAGCUCUAAUGGCAAUUCAAGUUCGAGCUCGGGCAAAUCGAAUCCAGCUGCUCGAGGAGGACGACGAGCUUCUCGAAAGGAGACGACAUGAACAUCUCACUAACAUCGAUCUCGAAAAAGAGAUGCUAAACAUGAAUCUCGACGAAACUUGGAGAUCAUAUAAGAGCAAAAGUGGAUAUAUAAGUCGUUCUCAAGUUGAACAGAUAAAGAACGGACCAAAUGCUUGUUCUUGUCGACGAAAUCUUUCGAUCCCGACAAGACAACAUCAGCACAAAAACCACUCCAUCUCCAUAGAACCAAACAGUUCCGAGUACUAUGUUUUAAUGUCGAAACCAACCGCUAACAGAACAUUAUGUUCCAUGGAUCCGCCAAGGCAUUCAGACUUCGUGCCUGAUGAGUAUCCCUGCUAUCCAAAUUAUAUGGCCAAGACAGAGUCCUCGAGGGCAAAACUUCGGUCGCAAAGUGAACCAAGACAGCGACCCGGCUCGAGCGCCUGGCCGAAGUGCAAGCAAGCAGAAAGUGCUUUACAAAACAUGAAACAUAAUGGUUAUGAAAGUCACAGCCACACCUGGUUCAUGAAGCUUUAUCAGUUAACAAAAUCGUCCAAGAACAGCGAUGGCGAUUCAACGAGCAGCAAAUUUAGUUGCCCCGACGAACCACGUCGACAUUAAAAGAACAGCCAUUGAAACCGAG